AACAAACGCGUAUGAAUGUAUGAUUGAAUGGAUUCCAUUUGAUAGAAUAAUGGAUAUUAAAGAAAUUGGUGAAGGAAAGUCCGGCUCUAUAUUUUCUGCAACAUGGUUAGAUGGUAUACGAAAUAUUGAUGGCAAUGAUUAUGAUUCUAUAAGAUCACGCGAACCAU